AUGGCAACUGCUGAUAUUAUUGUAUUUAAAUAUUGCAAUAUUUAGACGACCCAUGGUAUGCCUUCAAAAAAGGAAGUGAUAAGUUCUAAACGGAUAUUUCCAGAGCAACACAAUAGAAAGGGUGCAAUUCAAUUAACUUGGGAUGUUCAAGGAGUUUUUCCAAAGAUUGCUUAAAAGAUAGGAGUAUCAAAAGUACCUGAUGAUCCUCCCUUGGUAUAAGUUAUUGUUAAGAUGUAGCCACCAAAACCUAAAUAUAUUCCACCUCCAUUGCCUCAGAAUUAUGUUCAUCCUCCAAUAAAAAAAUAAGGCAAGAAGACAGGGAAACCAGAAAUAGUGGCUGAGAGAUAAAGUUACGAAGAGAGCAUUGCAAAAAAAACAAUCAGAUAGAGUAGAAAGUCACUUUCGAACUCAAAUUAUGGAAAAGAAUAUGGGGGGUUUUAUAGCAUGGAUAGGUGCUUUUUGAAACGGGAUAAGGAAUUCAUAAAAAAGGAAGUUAAAGGAUAUGGCAACUUCUAUGAGAAGUCACCGGAGGGGAGAUUUGUGCAUGUUCCAUAGCCUCCGUUAUCAUAUAAGUAUUAAUAUGUAGCCUCAACAGAAUUAUGA